AUGGAGUCGCCGUCCGUCACCAAGGCCCUGCUUGACGUGUUCUUGGGCCAUUUCCGGAGUGUUUUGCUUGUCGCUGUUCUGGUGAAUGAAUACAAUCCAUCCCUGGACAACUUCAAUAUCUCAUAUAUCGCAUACUCCCUCCUCCGCGAUCCCCUCCGGCAUGUCCCUGGCCCCCUCCUCGCCCGCCACCUGCCCGGCUGGCUCGCUUACCAUGCCUUCCGGGACCAGACCGAAAGUGCCAUCCUCGCCGCCCACAGACGGUACGGCGACGUGGUGCGCGUCGGCCCCCGCACCGUGCUGGCCGGCAGCGCCGACGCCGUGCGCCGCGUGCUGGGCUACGGCGACAACCACCUGGACAAGUCGCCCGACUACGAGGCGCUGGUGGUGCACACGCCCAGCAUCUUCAGCGAGAUCGACCGCACGGCACACGCCCGGAAGCGCCGCAUCGCCGCCCACGCCUACAGCAUGCAGAGCCUGACCAAGAUGGAGGACGUGGUCGCCGCGAACCUGGCCGUGUUCCUGCGCCAGAUGGACGCUUGUGCCGCCAGGGCCCAGCCCAUGGACGCCGCCAUGUGGUUCAAGUUCUACGCGUUCGAUGUCAUCGGCGACCUCGCUUUCGGGAGGAGCUUCGGCAUGCUCCAGCGCGGCGUGAUCGACGACUUUGUCAAGUGCAUCUCGGCCGGCGUCGAGUUUACGUUCGUGAGGUUCCUCCUCCCGUCGUUCUUGAGGCCGCUGUGCCACCUCCUGGUGGACUACCUCCCCUUCUCCCUGUUCCGCGAGCUCAAGAGCGGCUUUGCGUACGUGAAAAAGGCAGCCUUGUUCUCGUGGAAGGAAACAACCACACUUGUCCAAGACAGAUGGAUCAAACGCGACAGCGGUGUCCAGCGCGGCGACAUCCUGGGCGCCCUCAUGGAAGCCCGCGACCCGGCCACCAACGAGCGGCUGGAGUUUGCCGAGCUGGCCACGAAUGCGUCGACCAACAUCAUUGCCGGCUCCGACACCGUCACCAUCUCGCUGACCGCCAUCGUCUACCAUCUCCUCAAGAACCCUGACCGGACGGCCACCCUGACCGCGGAGGUUCGGGGAGACAGUUCGUCAGGCGACACGCCGUUGUUCAAGGACAUCCAGAGACUGCCGUACCUGGACGCCUGCAUCAAGGAAGGCAUGCGUCUCACCUCGCCCUUUGCGGGACCGUUGCCACGCCUCUCCCCACCGGGCGGACUCGAUAUCGGAGACACACACAUCCCGCACGGCACGGUGGUCAACGUCAUGCAGUGCCAGGUGCACAAGGACGGGCGCAUCUUCCACGAUCCGGAGUCGUUCAUGCCCGAGCGCUGGCUCGACGGCGACCGGGGCAAGGAGUUGGACAAGUACUUCCUCGGGUUCAGCACCGGCCCUCGCUCGUGCAUCGGGAAGAACAUCGCGCUGCUCGAGAUGAAGCUGUUGCUGUAUUGUUUCUUCCGGCGCUACGACCUGUCCCUCGUGGACCCGGGCGUGGAGCUGCGCUGCCGUCGAUAUCUCGUCACCAAGCCGCUGAGUGCGGUGCUGGUCCGGGUCGAAAGAGCGGACGAUACAUAG